AUGCCUAUGAAGCAAAUUCAGAGCCACUUUCGGGGGCUUUUGUCGAAAUCAAAUUGUCGAGCACCGUGGAGAGUCCUACAGGGACUCUGGAAGUCCUUUCAGAAAUCAAGCGAUCCUCCUACCUCUCAACCGGACAUCAAACAAUUUAACAACCGUAUAUCGCCCGACUCGCAAGCCAUAAACUAUAACGGCAUCUCUGCCCUCGUCGAAGGCGGCUAUAUGCACGUACCCCCACAAAGGCUCGUUGUCGUCAACCCUGACCCGGAGUCCGAACCGGCGGAUAGUAUCCGCUCGCUACGACCGUUCCUCUCAUCUACAAUGCGAUCGAGCUCUUAUACCCACUCCCUGGCCUCCACGCGAAGCACUCGUCCAGAGAGUCGCUUGUCGAGUGUGGAUACCAGAGCCACGAGUAUAUUAUCCGAGUCACAAGAGAGCACUUUGUCGUUCGACUUGAACAACGAGGAGGUCGAUCUAUUCUACCAUAUCAUCUUCAACGGCCUGAGGGUCCAGAUCAGCCGCAACCGAGUGCCCCAGGCGCUAGGCUGUCUGCCUGACAGGUCUGAUUAA